GAUAGCUGAAAAACUGCGGAAGCGUAGGCGGGCAGGUGGGCUGGAUUUCCGCCGGAAAACGGAGUCGCCUGGGAAAUCUCAGAGGCGAAUACCGGCAGGCAUUCUGCCCGGAGGCUGUGGGCGGGCGCUCUGUGGGCUUGGGCGAAGAUGGCUUGCGCUGCUGCACGGUCCCCGGCCGACCAAGACAGAUUCAUUUGUAUCUAUCCCGCUUAUUUAAAUAACAAGAAGACCAUCGCGGAGGGGAGGCGAAUCCCCAUAAGCAAGGCUGUUGAAAAUCCUACAGCUACUGAGAUUCAAGAUGUGUGCUCAGCAGUUGGACUUAACGUAUUCCUUGAGAAAAAUAAAAUGUACUCUAGAGAAUGGAAUCGUGAUGUUCAGUAUAGGGGCCGAGUCCGGGUCCAGCUCAAACAGGAAGAUGGCAGCCUCUGUCUCGUACAGUUUCCAUCACAUCAUUCCCUUCCAGCCAUACUGCUCCUGCCUCCAGUUUAAACAUGCAGUUCUAUCAAGAGCAUUCUUCCCCAUGGUUUCUUUCAAGUCUGAUUCAGGAUAGUCAUCUUGGUGAGGAUACCCUAAAUCACUCUAUUUAAAAUUGUACCUUUCCCUUCAGCCCUGGUAUUCCCUGUCUAUCUGCUUUAUUUUUCUCUGUAUACUCUAACUAUAUCAUGUAAUUUUAAAUUUUUACUGUGUAUCUCUCAACAAGAGUAUAAGCUUCAUGAGUUCAAGUAGUAUGGUCUGUUUGGUUCAUCCCCAGUGCUAUGAACAUGCUUGGCACAUAUGAAGCACCUCAAGAAAUAAAUACUUGUUGAAUGAAUGAAUGAAUCUGGAUACCUGAAAGGGCAUUCUCUUGACCUCUAACAAAAGCAAUUUGAAACAGUUCAACCUGAAAUGAAUUAAAGAGAUUGUACUGGUAUAUAAACACAGAUGAUUCUCUAAAAUCUCUGCCCACCACAGGAAAGUCAUUUUUCCUAAUGUGCUGACUAAACAGUGCAUUAAAUGUGGCAUGGUGGGAGAAUCUUGGAAAAAGUAAAGGGCGACAGGCAAAGUAUUAGUAAAGAAAUCCCAGGGUGGCCUCAGCAUUUGGCUGAGGAAAGCUGAUAGGAAAGGGGAGAAGCAGCUUGUUAUUUGGGCCC